AUGCGUCGGAGUUCGCCUCACCCAGACAUCUCCUCAAGCCGCGAGCGACUGCCCAUCCCUUACUGUCCAGACAAAGAGGAGACCUGUCCCUCAGCCAAAGAAGCCGUCGAAAAGUGUCUGCUUGGAUCGCUCCAGUCAUACAUCCCAGAGAGCAUUGUGCACGAAACUUGGCGCAAAGAGGCUCUCGCUCAUCUUCUCGACGGCGAUCGAGGUGCUGCCUUGGCUCGAACAGGGUCGUCACAGGCCAGCGAGAUCGAAGAAAGGCUGCCAGAAGACGAUGGGCACGUAUCCGACCCAUAUGAAGGUUCUGGAUGCUCCUGUAUUGCUAAGCCUGGAGGCUCAUGCUGCACCGCCGACACCGACUGCGAAUGUGUCGAGUCCUUUGGUGAGUCGACGGACUUCGCAGCGCCGCUGCUCUCACUUGCUGAUUGCACAACCAGCUCGACUACGAUAGGAAACUUCUACAGUGCCGCUAAUGACCAGCUCAAUGGCCUGGCGAGGAUUGUGCAUCUCGACGCAUUGCCUGCGCGACACGCCUUGAGAGAGUGCACACCUCUCUGUGCUUGCCAGCAGGCUUCGCCUUCCAUCAGAUCGAAAUGCAUCAGCACACAGGACGCAGCUAGUACGGAAGACGAAGCGAUAUCCUCCCGUCGGCCUGAGGCUGUAGACCGAGCCAAAAGGCGGAAGCUGAAGUCUUUAGAAGUGGGGAGAGAAUCAAAAAGCUACGAAGAUGCACGACAGAGUAAGCGAGCGAGCAUGCAAUGUGCAAAUCGAGUGGUCGGCUUUGGUCUUGCGUAAGUCUUCGAUUCGGGUGUGGUGUCAGGCCAUUCGUGAGCUGCUGAUGCACAAGUGGCCCCAUUACCGGGCCUUUAGUCGCCGGCUCUACAUCCGCAGCACUGCUCCGAGACUUGGAAUAUCGCCGCAUCGGUGCUCCAAGUCGGAGGGAGAUGCCGCCAUUUCAGCUGAUCUGAAUUCGGCUUGUCGGGGCCUUGGUCUAUUCACCCACGAUUUUAUCCCGCGUGGCGCAUUUGUCAUCGAGUAUGCCGGCGAGGUGAUCAGCACGCAGGAAGCUCGGAAAAGAUGGGUCAAGUACCAAAAGCCUUCGAUGUACUCUUCGGAAAAAGGGUCCGAUCCUGCCAGCUCCAUCGCCAUCUCACAAUCCGACACUGGACCUAGGCCCAGUGUGAGCAACGAGGGAAGCAACUACAUCCUUGUUCUGCAAGAGUGGAUGAAUGCAGGCACGCAUACAGGCCAUACUGGCUUCCCAUCAACACCGGAUCCUCUAAGUGGAACGCAAGCGACCUCGGCUCUAGCACCGAAAGCAUACCGCACGAACAUCGACCCAACGAUUUCGGGCAAUGCAGGUCGAUUUGCAAAUCACUCAUGCGAGCCGAAUCUCAUCAUGAUUCCGGUACGGUGUGAUGAGCCCAUCAAGCUUUACGAUGACACAUCUGCCUCGAGCACUUGCGAGACGUAUGCUGCGGCGGCUGCGCCGAGAGCGGCCCUCUUCGCGGCUAGGGACAUACAACCGGACGAUGAACUGACAUUUGAUUACUCAGGUGGAGAGCUGGCCCGGCUUGAUGGCUCGCAAAGGCACGGCGAGGGUUUAAAACGAAAUGUAGGUAGGAGUGGUGCCACGCCAUGUCUUUGCGGUGCUCCAUCGUGUAGAGGCUGGAUGUACUUUGACCCUGCGCUGUAG